AUGUCGCCGGUUCAGCUCAUCAUCGUGACAAAAGGCGGUGAUGCAGAUAUUAUAACGUUCACGCAGGGAGAGGACAAGCUCCAGGUUGCCAAAGGAUACGGAGACAUGGAGCACUUAUUUUGCAGCGAGUGCGGCUGCGGAAUUUGUCAAGGGUUGCACGCGUUCAGCAGCUACUUCCGCGCCGUCUUCCCGUCCACAUUUCAGAUCGAAGAUGGAGCGAGUUGCUUGGUCCCAGAGAUCUAUAGGCCUCGAUGCCAUGUGCAUUACGAGAAUCGCCUUUUUGACUGGAACGACGAUCUACCGAAAUGGAAGGGUGGACCGCCCGGUGAUGGCAUGCCAGGGGAGAAAAAGUCCAAGUCAGCAACAGCGGUGCAGUGA